AUGAUUACAAAUAUAACACGUUUUUUUAUUACGAUUAUUAUUUAUCCUUUUGUUUUUAUACAAACUCAAACUAAUAUACCAAUUGGUUGGUUUGUUGAUGAUACAACAUCCAAUGAUAUUGAUGGAAAAGUAUUUUCAAUAGCUUUAUCAGCUGCUAUGAAUUUAACUGAUCAGUUUAUUUGGCCAAAAGAUCAAUAUAGUUUUCAGCCGGUUUAUGAAAAUGUUAGCGUAUGUAUUCUAAAAACUUUUGAUAUAAUUAAAAAUGAUUUUUGUUUCAUUUCAAUUUGUUUUUGUUCACAGAAUGCUAAUAUCUAUUCUGGUUUUCAUCGAAUUUGUAAUCAACUUGAAACUGGUGCAAUUGGUUCUAUAUCAAGUAUUGAUGCACAAAAAACUCAUUUACUUGACUCAUUUAUGACACGUUUACAUAUAUCAAUGAUAUCAUUAAAUGCAUUUAAUUAUAAUAAACAAGAAUUUCAUACGUUAAGUAAAAUUUAUCAUUUAGCUAUGAAAGUAGAUCUUUUACCAGCAUUAACUGCAUUUAUAAAACGUUUUAAAUUUACAACAUUACAUUAUAUUGUUGAAGGUGAAGAAGCAUUUUCACGCUUUCAAGCUAUGAUGGUAACACAAGCACGUGAAAAAAGUUAUGAUAUAUUAGAUCUACAAGUUCGACGUUUAAUUGAUAUUCAAAAUCAAAAUCAUACAAGAAAUUUACUUCAAAGUGUUGAAAUUAAAGAUCGAGGUUCAAAAGAAGAACGUUAUAUUGUACUUGACUUAAAUUCUAUUGAUAGUUAUAUUCAUUUGCUUAUGCAAAUUCGACAUCAUGGUAUGACAACACCUCAUUAUCAUUAUAUUCUAAUGACUCUGGACGCUGAUCGAAUUGAUAUGCGUUUUUUUCGUUAUGGUGGUGUUAAUGUUACAUAUUUUCUUCCUAAAUCAGCUUAUAGAAUGGAUCCUACAAUUGAUCCAGCAACAACUGAUCGUCUUUCGUUACCAUCGUUCGAAAAGAAAGCCCUUGCAGAUGCUUUAUCCAUAUAUAUGCGAGCUAUAAUGGCUUUAGAUGAUAUGACGCGUAUGGAAGCUCUUCAUCCAAGUGAUACUGAUGAUAGUUUUGAUCAUCUCAAAAUUGAAUGUCGAUCAAAAGAUAAAAAUCAACAACAUGAAGCAUUUGGUGAACAAUUAUUUAAUAUAAUGAAAACUAUUUCAUUUGAGGGUUAUACAGGUAAUAUAAAAUUUAAUGAAUAUGGUGACCGUACAAAUUAUACAUUAAAUGUUUAUCAAAUAACAAUGAAUAAGUUACCACGAAAUGUUGGAAAUUUUACUCUUGAUCAAUUUACUAUGAAUGAUCUUAAAGGAUUUGAAGGUCGACAAGCACAUGAUUUUGAUAAAGGACGCGAAAGAAUAAUUACAACAAUUAUUGAUGAACCAUUUACAAUGUUAAAUGAAAGUGUGCUUGGUAAUUUAACAGCAUUGGAUGCAGCUGGUCAAUUUUUUACAUUUGAUCAAUUAUAUGGUUAUUGUGUUGAUUUAGCACGUUUAAUAUGUGAAAAAAAACUUGAAAUACGUUGUAAAUUUCGUAUUGUUAAAGAUAAUGCAUUUGGUAAUAAACCAACUAAUGAUCAACCAUGGAAUGGAAUGAUUGGUGAAUUAGUUCGACAUGAAGCUGAUCUUGCUGUUGCACCAUUAACAAUAACAAGUCAACGUGAAAGUGUUGUAGAUUUUAGUAAACCAUGGAUGAAUCUUGGUAUUAGUAUUUUAAUCAGUGUUUUUUCAUUUACAUCACCAUUAUCAAAAGAUAUUUGGAUGUGUGUUACAUUUGCAUAUAUUGGUGUUAGUGUUAUACUUUUUCUUGUUUCACGUUUUUCACCAUAUGAAUGGAGUAUUGAAGAUGAAACUACACCACAAUUAUCAAAUAAAUUUUCGAUAUUAAAUACACUUUUCUUUGCAUUAGCUGCUUUUAUGCAACAAGGUGUAGAUUUUAUACCAAGAUCAAUAUCUGGUCGAAUGGUUGCUAGUGUAUGGUGGUAUUUUUCAAUGAUUCUUGUAUCAUCAUAUACUGCCAAUUUAGCUGCUUUUCUAACGGUCAAACGUAUGGCUUCACCAAUUGAAAGUGUAGAAGAUUUAGCACGACAUCCACAUCUCAAAUAUGGUGUUGUACGUGGUGGAUCAACACAAGAAUUUUUUGUUAAAUCUGAUGUUAAACUUUUUCAACGUAUGUGGGCAAAUAUGCAACAAAGUGAUGAUGUCUUAGUUAAUAGUAAUGAAGAAGGAAUUAAUAAAGUUCGAAAAUCUAAAGGAAAAUAUGCAUUUUUACUUGAAUCAAUUAAAAAUGAAUAUACAAAUGAACGACACCCAUGUAAUACAAUGAAAAUUGGUUCAAAUUUAGAUUCAAAAGGUUAUGGAAUAGCAACACCAGUUGGAUCAGAAUUAAGAGAAGCAAUUAAUAUAGCCGUGCUUGAGAUGAGUGAAGAUGGUACAUUGAAUUCAUUAAAACGAAAAUGGUGGUAUGAUAGAUCAGAAUGUCAUAGUGCUAGUACAAAGGAUUCUAAACAAAGUAAUGCACUGCAUCUUGAUAAUGUAGCUGGUAUAUUUUAUAUAUUAAUCGGUGGUUUGACAUUGGCUAUGACUAUAGCGAUAUUAGAAUUUUUUAUAAAAGCAAAUAUUGAAGCUAAACAAACAAAGAGUUCUGAUCCAUUAUUUGAAGAACAUAGUCGUCUUAGUAGUCACAAUCAGAUCAAUGGAAAUCAAAGUCAAGUUUAA